CGUGCGGUGACGCAUGAGAAGUUGUUGGAUUUGCUCCCACCGGCCAAAUUACGGGAGAUGCUGAAUAAAGAUACCAGCAAUCGAGAUGGCGGUGCCAGCACAUCGGAGAGUUCCACUGUUUCUUUGGAGGAAAAGCAGCUGUUGGCAGAGAUGGUAAGCCACGUGGUAGAGAAGUUGAAAGUUGAACUUGGGUCUGAUCUUACACAGAAUAUAAAGAAGCGUGAUCGGCUUAUUAGGAAACUUCGCGACGAAAAUGGCGCGCUGCGAAAAGCCAUUGUUACGCUGGAGAAGAGGGUUGGAGAGUGCCCGCGUUGCAGACAACGGGCGAGAUCAAAUUCAAUCUCAUAA